AUGGCCGAGUGGGAAACCAAGACGCGGCUCACGCUCUUGCCAGACGAGCCUCUGCCAGCGGCCUAUCCAAAGCCAACCUUGUCCGAGACAGAGCAGAUCGAAGUGUACCGGCUAGACGAGUUUCGCGCAGCCAUCGUCGUGAGAAAGGAUAAGGAAACCCAGGCCACAUCGCGCAUCCGAGGUCUGUGGCUCAGCGCACAGGACGACCUCCUCGCCCGCGAGGUUCUGUCAUUCAUCCGGCGACAACACACCUCUGCGGGCAAGAAGACAGUCCUGAAUGUCAACGGGUCCCAAAGCGCCGUCUUGAGUCAGUUUGAGGAGCAGGGGUUCCCCUUCACCGCGCAGGUCAUGACCAAGCGCAUCGAUGGCGUCAGGACGGAUGCGCGACUGCCCGACGAGAUCACGUAUAAGAGCAUGGACGAAGACGAACUGCAAGGCUUCCUCGCCCAUGUCGAGCAUUCUCUCGCUCAGCAGGAAAUGGCCAAUGAGGACGGGGGCUUAGCCUGGGAGGCCGCGAAGGAGCGCGCACACGGUAUCAUGACUCAGCUCCUCCCCGACCGCGGUUCCACCGCCGGUCAUACUUUCGUCAGCAUCCUGGAGGGCGGCGAUAGCCCUGUCAAGGUAGGCUGUCUCUGGACGUACAUGAAUACGGAGAAGCAACGGUCGUUCUGCUACGAUGUGGAGAUCGAGGAGAGCAUGCGUGGCCGAGGGCUCGGCCGCAAGGCAGUCGCGAGAUAA